UUUUUCGAUGUUCUUUUCAUCGCGCCUGUCGGGUCGUGAGCACCGCAUCAGCAUCCAACAUUGCAGAGCAAUCAUCUCCAAUUUGUGCGACAGGUUGAAUCGCGUCGCACAAUAGGCUCAGAUCGGGUGUGUACAGUGGCCGUCCGUGCGGUGCCAGCGAGUGUCCGUGCCCUGAUGACAGUACCACACAGAGCAGUACCAUCGCCAUGGAUUUCGAGACGCUCGCCGCAGGGCUAAACUGUACCCCGCCGGCGAUUGACGACUUCCCGAAGGACUUUUUCACAGAGGAACAACGUGAAAAGGGCGCCGUCGUUGUGCACAUCCUGAUAUCGCUGUAUCUUUUUGUCGCCCUUGCCGUCGUCUGUGAUAAAUUUUUUGUGCCGGCCGUCGAAAAAAUAUGUCACGCGUUGAAUAUGUCUUCGGAUGUGGCAGGAGCGACGUUCAUGGCAGCAGCGACAUCCGCUCCGGAACUUUUCGUGAACGUCAUAGGGACUUUCAUCACAGAAGGUGACAUCGGAGUAGGAACGAUCGUCGGAUCGGCAGUAUUCAACAUUUUGGCGGUUGCUGCAUGCUGCGGAAUUGGAGCUGGCAUGAGUGGAACAAAGGUCGUACCUCUGGAUUGGUGGCCGUUGACGAGAGAUUGCUUAGCGUAUGGAAUAACUGUAUCGAUACUGAUAUGCAUCAUCCACGACGAAAGGGUGGAAUGGUAUGAGGCGUUAUGUCUUGUUCUACUUUACAUCGUCUACAUACUCAUUAUGUAUUUUGACAAGCCCAUACAGAAAUGUGUUAGAGGUAGUUUUGACUGUACAUCAGAAAAUGAGAAGGCCAAAGUUGAUGUAGCAGAUGUGCAUGUUCAAGUGAAGAUCAUAUCCGAUGAAGAUCAGAAUAAGAACCAAGAAGGCAAAAUGGCGACACCACUUCCCAUGGAGCCAGCCCAAGUAUUGAAAGAAAAGUGUGAACCAAUAUCAAUCGUAAAUGCGUCGGCGCAUCUGAAUGGUUCUCUGAAACAUGUUGGAGCCGGUGACAGAUGUUUGGAAGACGAUAUGAAAGGAAACAAUGAGGAGGCAAAAGAUGAACCACAUUCGUUGUGCAGGUUUCCAAAGAAAAAGAGCACAUUUACGAAGAUAACGUGGAUAGUUACAUGGCCCAUCCAUGUGGUAUUUCUUUUAACAAUACCAGACUGUGAAAAAGCAAGAUUCAAGAAGUGGUUUCCUUUAACGUUCAUCAUGUGCAUAGUAUGGAUAGGAUCAUUAUCAUAUGCAGUAGCAUGGAUGAUAACAAUAAUAGGCGAUACUCUGAAGAUACCGGAUUCUGUGAUGGGCAUUACGUUUCUAGCUGCUGGUACAAGUGUUCCUGAAGCAGUGUCCAGCGUUAUCGUAGCAAAACAAGGCCAUGGUUCGAUGGGAAUAAGUAAUUCAAUAGGCUCCAAUACCUUCGAUAUAUUGCUCUGUUUAGGACUACCUUGGUUCAUAAAAGCUACGUUUAUGCCUACGAUUACAGGAAAAUAUUGGGUCGGUAUUAACUCUGCUGGCAUAGAAUACAGCGCAAUAUCACUUCUUUCAACACUUCUUCUUCUCUACGCUACGUUUGCUCUGAAUAAUUUCAAACUGGAUAAACGAGUCGGACGAAUUUGCCUUUUAAUGUACGCGUGUUUUUUGGUACUGGCCAGCUUAAUAGAACUAAACGCCUUCUUCAGAGUCAACCUACCCACUUGCGGUAGAUCGUAGAAAUUGUAGUUCAGUUGAUGAGGCGUAGAGAGUAUACUUAUAACAAACAAGCAGAACUAUUAUGUGUAAUCCACUUACCCCGACAGAGGGAGCACCAUUGGUUCAAUAAAAAUCAUAACAAUUAUAUAACAUUGAAAAUUACAUUUUAUAUCUAAACGCUUUGAGAUAUUGUGUGGUCGGCUGAAAAGAAUUAUCGAUUGCAAAUAUAAAUUGCCUGCAAUUGAAAAAAUCUAAUUUUUGGUUAACAUGGGACAUUAGAUAAAGAAUAUAUUUGGUUUGUCGAAACAGUUUAGACCGUUUUCCAAAACAACGCGCUUCUAAUAAACCAACGACAGCUAAUAAUAGGAAUUCCAGCUUCUACAAAGUCCAAACACCAGGGUUAUUCAUUCAUGACUUCCAUUCAGCAUUUGAAGUGUUAUGAUAUUCUGAACAAUGGUGUAUUUAAAAGAGUUCGACAUUCUAUGAGAAUAUUGGAUUCAUGCAUUCUAGCAGGUCAAGUUUUGAACAUUCUGGAAAAAAUAAGCGUUACUUCGAAAAUCAAUAGAACAAUUCGAAAAUACAUUUCUUGAAUCUUUUCUACACUUUGGUUCAUAAUUCUGCUGGUACUACCUCACUUCAGUAUUUAAUUUUUUCUAACAUUGUUAAAAUCAAACCAUAUUUGAAAGUGAUUAGGCAAAAGAAGUAUUAACGUAAUCCAUAACCCUCAUUCCAAUAACCACUGUUGCUCUCUACGUUUUAUUUUUUUUUAUUUAUGAAGUAUACGCCCGAUUAUCGAGAAAUAUACUGUGCUGCAUUUUGUUAUUAUUUGUGAGUUUAGUUUUUAUAUUUGCCUGUUCACGCUGUUCAGUUCAUAGAUAAGAAUGGAAGCUGCUUAUAUUUAUAAAUAGACUUAUACGAUUCUCUAUAGUUCAUAGUGUUAUUGUAAUUUGUAAUUUUAGUUCAAUCGCAUUUUUUCAUCACAUAAAAUUAAUAUUUGAUUUAGAUAUAAUUGUUAAGGCUUAAGUUCCAUAUGUUAUAGUUACAGGUUACGAGUUGUGUCCAGUAAAAUAAAACCAUUUAUUACAUUCUGUUUUUUUAAUGGUUCCUAAAGAUGUAAUGUUUGGUAGAAUUACAUAGCAGAUUUUAUACACCUUUAUCUAUCCCGAUAUACCUAUGGGCAAUAAAAAAUAAUAAGGUCAGGGUAGUAAGGUAAAGUCAUGUUACUACGGGGAUGUUUUGACUCAUAAGGUUUUAGUGCAAACAAUACGAAUCGUUAAGUCUUCUGUUAUGUUAUUUUUGAUAACGAUAGCAAAUAAAG